GCCAGCGACAACUUUUUUUGCUUAUCUCCUCUUUUCCUAAAUGCCGCCGUUUUGCCCACUAAAAGUAAAACCCUACGAGCAGCUAAACUCGAUCCCUCUCCCGCGCUUGAGAAGAGAAGCAGCAGCGACGACCGCGUCUGCAGCGGGAAGCAGCGAAGGCGAAUCCUUCCUCCGGCCGGCGAAAUCAAGCAGCAGCGACGCGAUUCUCCACCGUCGAAGAGAACCUACAGCCGGUCGCCAUCUCCCUCCUCCACCCGACGAUUCGUUCGAGCCUCUCCAUCGGACGAAUCCUCUCCUCCAGCAGCGUCGAAACAGCCGGCCUUCCCGCUCCCCAGCAGCAUCGACGAUCUCCUCUGCUUGAGGUUACUUUAUAUAUAUAUAUUAUUAUAACUAAUCAUCGAGCGUACUGUUUUGAUUUCUGUUUGAGUGUGGGCACUACUGGCUGAGCUAGGUAUUUGCUUUUUUUUAGUUGCAGACAAAAAGAUGAAGAGGCGAAAACUGAGUAAGAAGGUCGCUGUUUCUACGCCCCAUACCAUCUCGAACACGGAGUAUUGGAGUGAUGAUGGUAAUCGUUUCCUUGAGUUUCAGUUUAUGGUAGAUUUUACAGUCACUGGGUUUCAUCCAUACUGUUGUUAUUCUGUUCUUGGUCCUAUAUCAAAUUGGCCAUCUUCUGUAACUUGGAGAUCUAGAGUCUCAACUAAUAGUUGUUCUUCACUCAUGACUUCUUUAGUCUUUUUUUAGUUCAUUAAGAGUUUAUUAUGUAGGGCUCAGUUAGGAGUUUCGUUAAUCUGUCACGAUCUUAUCCCCCAGCAUAGUAAAGUGCCCUGCAGCUUGUGUACUGAAGUAGAGGAAGUAUACAUCUUUCUUUGUACUUUUAGCAUCAUGCUGGUUUGAUUGCUUGUUAUGUGUUAGUGAAGUCUACUAAAUCAUUUUUGUUACUUAAUAUGUUAUAAAUGUAACACAUUAUGAUAAUGUAGACUUUUUGUUCGUUUAAGUGAAUAUCACCUUCUGUGUAACUAAAGGACUGUGCAUUACCCUGCUCCAUAGUAGUUAAGAUGCAUUACCCUGCUCCUCUUUUGCCGUUUUUCCUACAAAGGACUGUGCAUUCCCUUCUGUGUAACUAAAGGUAUGCCUUAAUUACGGAAAAGCAAAUGCUCAGGCUUAGCUGUUGAUCCAUAUUGUUUUUGCAAAUACUAAGCUUAUUUGGAUGAUGGUGGAUGACAAAAGUUUCAAUUUUGAGAAUAUCUCUGUAGCCUUUAGAACUGGCAGUAUCAAGAGAGGGAGAAAAAAGUGAGUGACAAUAGGUCAUCCUUUUACAGCAUUUCCUAAUGAGAUGCUCUUCUUUCUGAUAUAUUCUUGUUGGACUGCGACACUGCUGCCAAACUCACACAAAUUCAUGCUUGAAAAAGUGACCUGCAAUUUUCUAUCAUUGUUGACAUCACAGGUCAGAGUGAGGUUACCGAAUCUGGCUAUGACUCAGAGUCCUUUGCGCUAGAUAAAGAGCAUACCUUUACGUUGGAUGCUCAUUCUGCUGUUAAGACAUCUACACAGGAAAGGUAUAUGUUCCUCUUGUGCGAUUCUUUCUUGUUAAUGUUGGAAUUCAUGCUUUUGGGUUGAUAUUGUUCGAGGGUGUAUUGAUAAAGUUCUGCUGGAUGGUCUUUAAGGUUAAUAAACAUAACUAGUAUGCUCACUUGCUCAGUCAUUAUUAAAGGAUGAAUACAGUGUCUGUGUUAAUAAUCAGUAAGGUACUUCUGAUGAAUUAUUGCCUGCUUGCAUCUCUACUAUGCUUGCUUUUCCAUUAAGUAGGUGCUUGACUCCAUCAUGCACAGGACUAAGAAUGACUUGUUUCUUUGUUUGUUCAUCUACUUGAGCUAUUUUAUUGAAAACCAUCAAUUCUUUUUUGUGGAGGGCUUAUUUGGUGAAAGAUAAGAAAAUACAAACUCUGCUCAUAGAGAAUUGAUGUACCUAGACUGCUUAAAGAGCUAGGGUUGGUGAAAUUUAGGGUUUUUUUAUAGGUAGGAGGAGGAAACUAAUAGAACAGUCACGAACAACUCAUAAGGUCUGGUGGUCUAGGGCCAGAACCAAAAUUAAUGGACUUUUAAGAACCCACAAGGAGUAUUUUUCGAAAUGUCUUGUUGAAAACUGAGUUGAUCUGAAAUAUUCUAAAACUAACCUCCUUAUUUAGGAUUUACAAACUGAACGCGCAAGAAAACUAAUAGAAUCUUAAUUAUGAAACAUAAUUAAUUACUAAUUUCCUAAAAGACAUCAACUUACAAAAGGAAAAUAAUAAUUUUCUCAAAUAGUAAAGGAUGAGAAAAAAAACCAAUAAAAAUAGAGUAAAAAUAUAUCCCCAUCAGGGAUGGUUAUGCUUAUUAGUAAGUGAUGCUCACAUGACCUUGCAACUGAAUGAUUAAAUGGUAUGCUAUGUUCUUUUGUGAAUGAAAUUUAUGAUUCUUCAUUUAUAUUUUAUUAUCUUGACAGUAAGUUGCACAAAGUGUGAUUGUAUCCCUUUUUUUCUACGGCAGACACACUCUUUACUUGAUUGAAUACUAAAGCCAGCUUUUAUGCUCUGGGUUUAGGAGUCUUGUCACAUUAAGGACUAAUUGUUCCUGGAGCGUGGUGUUACCAGGUUAUGUUUGUCUUGCAGUUAUAAAUAAUGAUUGAUCUUAUUUAAUGGAUAAAUUCUUUUAAGGUCGAUGAUGGUAUUAUUGUCAGCACAUGUCCCCUGAAUAUUAAUCUAUGUCAUUCUUCGUUGUUGCAUGCUCAUGUCUUUGUGGGAGAUGCACCUAAAUAUUCUACUGUCAUCGUCUUUUGGUUUCUAGCAUGAGUGCUGAUUGUUUGCGUGUGGUUGAUCAUUAUUGUCCUUGAAAAAGCAUCUGUAACUGCUCGUCUUUCUGUUCGUAUUUACUUCUCAAUAACCUUUUGCUGCAGCUUCUCAAAGUCACUAUAUCUUUGUGCUUGCAGUUCUUUUCUUUUACAUUUAGAAAAAAACUUAUCCGAUGAAGAGGUCGAGAGUCUUUCCAAAAAGAAAUGGAAGUACAGAUGGGAAGUGCCUUCUCUUGACUUGUCAAAUUGCAAGUGGGUGGGGACAGGAGAUUGUUGCCUAAAGGUACGCCCAAUGUUGACUGUUCAUUUACCUCUUUCAUUUAAAUUGUUCGUCUAGGUUUCAUUAAGUUAGGUCUACGCUUCUCCAAUUUCUUUAUUCAUCCAUGUUUCUGUUAGCUAAGACUACGGUGAUUAAAAGUGACGAUGGUAAUUAUUGUAAAGAAAUCAUGUACUCACAUAAUUCAUUGAUUCCUAAUUUCCUCAAUGAAGAGCAAAGAGGUGCAUCUAUGCAACUUAGUAGUUGAUAUGAUAGUAAGUGCAAACUCAUUUUCCUAGGUCAAAGGUCAGGACAUAUGUAUUUUCAUCUGAGAAUUAAUUCUAGGACAAAGUCAGGUUCCUCGUUACAAUGUUCUAAGUAUGAAAGAACAACCAAUAUGGAUGGGGUUACCAGUCGCAUACCACACCACACAAUGGAUACCCGGACUAUACAUGUAAACACCUUUACUCUUAACUGUAAUGCCAUAGUACUAGAUUAUGGCUUGAAGAUUUGCAAUCUACUUGCUACAUAUCAUACAUAUUGUCAUCUGAGAAUUAAUACUAGGUCCUCGAUACCAUGUUCUAAGUACGAAAGAACAACCAAUAUGUAUUGGAUUACCAGUCGUAUACCACACAAUGAUACCCGGACUAUACGAGAAAACACCUAUACUCGUAACUGUAAUUCCAAAGUACUAGACUAUGGCUUGAAGAUUUGGAAUCUUCUUGCUAUAUAUAAUGUUGAAUCUUCUCGAAAAACAAUUUUUUUUUUACUGUGAGAUUCAAUUGUAACAUAUUGAAUCAUUUAGACACAGGAUAUGUUGGACAGUUCUACUAGGGAUGUCAAACAAAGUUUGUAUAAGCAUUGGUUGGAAGUGUGCAAGCUGUAUGGAGGCAGAGAUUUUCCAGUGUCUAAGCAUGGUUCUUUCUUCAACAUCUGUAAGUUGUUUUAUUCCCUGUAGAACUAUGUUUAUUGUUCAGUAUCCUUGUCUCGAUUUUGUAAUUGCAUAUGAAGAACUCUCUUGAUCAACUGUAACGAAUAGGAUAAAGCCACCAUUACAAUUUCAGGUUAUAUGAAAACCUUGUUGAAUGAAACAUGUUGAUAUUAUCAUUUGAUGUCUUAUCAGCAAAAUCUUCGGCAUUUCGGGCUCUCUAGUUAAUCACUAUUGUGCGCUUAUGAAAUAUGUAAUACCUAAUAUUUAAACCUAAUUUCUUGAAAGAAUGUAGUCAUGUUAAAUUUGGGGAAACACUAGACUUCACCUUGAUUUCUUCUAUGCUGUGAAGAAGCAUACUUAAUGAAUUCCAUGAUGUAGCAGAUCGAAGUACUUAAAUUACUGAUACUAAAAAGGCCCUUAAAUUAAGCUAGCAUGUCUUGAUGCUUUCAUGUGCUCUUUUGGUCUAGAGGAAUGAGAUUUCUAUCACUUGACUAAUCUUUGUGAACUAAUUCCAUUUCUAUAUUUCCUGAGCAGAACCAGUGUUUGGAUAGUCCUUGUGAGAGUUUUGUUCCUCCUGCUUUCUUUGUUGUAGUGUUGCCUUGCCUUUUCGUUACUACUGUACUUGUUUGGAAUGCAGUUUGACAUACUGUGUUCUUUGUAUCUGUGCAGCAGUCUAUAGUUGAUGUUCUUUGUUUGUUUCUGCAGUCAAUAGCUACAGGGAUGUAUUGCAUUGUAACAAGAAACCUUUCUAUCUCAAAGGUCACGGAGAAGAUUCUAACAUUAUGGACGCAUACCUCAUGCAUUCUGUGAGCUUGCAUCUCCUUUUCUUUUGUUCUGUAGUGGUGUUCUUGGAACUGUAUAUCCAUAAUCUCAAUCUGGUAAUAUUAUGUUGCAGUUGAAUCACAUUUUUAGAAGUAUAGAUCUUGUGAAAAAGAAUGAUACGAAAGUUGCCAAGCUUCAAGAAACUGCUGAAAGUGAGUUGCUUAUUGAUGAUGUUGUUCGUGAUCGCGGAUUCACUCGGCCAAAGGUAAUUUGGAUUUUUGCUUUUAGUUUGACUUCUAAGCUGGCUGCACCUUGGAAGUGGCAAUUAAUGAUGCACCAAAUUAGGCAUUAUUGCUUACGGGAAAUUGCACUACCUUGUAGCUGCAAGAUUCAGAAUGAUAAUAUCUGUCAGUUGAUAGAAAAUAUCUUGCUUCAUUGCUUGUAAAAAAUGUGGCUACUGACCUUUCAGUGCUGCUUAGAGUACUGCUCUCCUCGUAUCUCUUAAACAAUUAAUUGCUUACAGAAAAUUGCACUACCUUGUACCUGCAAGAUUCAGAAUGAUAAUAUCUGUCAGUUGAUCAGUUGAUAAAGAAUAUCUUGCUUCAUUGCUUGUAAAAUGUGGCUACUGACAUUUCAGUGCUGCUUAGAGUACUGCUCUCCUCGUAUAUCUUAAACAACUAAUAGAAGUAUUCACUAGCCCUCCUUCCUGCCCAUGCAUAUGUACAUGUCCCACUCUUAUUUUCUUGUUUCACCAAGUUCCCUGAUCCAGACAAAGGGAAGUUCGUUACCAAAUAACGUGGGUGCUUGUUUUUACUUAACAAUAAGUUAAUGAUAAGUUAACCCGAAUGAGCCAACUUAUGAGGUAAGUUGGGGUAAUGAGUGGGUGACAUUCUGUUUUAUAGUUUUCUCUCACCGGUAGUGAAAGACAAUCUUUCUCACCUUUAUUUUUGAACCACUCAGGUUAGUGGUGUUUUAUUAACUACUACCAAAAUGUCUUACUCUAUCAUCUAAACAAAAUGUUUAAUCAUCCAGAUUCGAAAUGGGGUUACACACACUAUUACAACUUAAAAGUAACUGUAAAACAUAACAAAGAGCCCUAGUGUUGCCUUUUAUUGCAUUUAAGUGUUGAAUUAGAAGUGCUACAAGACCCUCUUGAACUAAUGUUUUCCCCAGUCAUUGGAAGUUAGCGCACUUGCUUAUUUUUGUCUCAAAUGGCUAUAUCAGGUUUUGAUCUUGUUGCCAAUUAGACACAUUGCACUUCGUGUUGUGAAGAGGCUGAUUCAAUUGACUCCUCAAGCUUCAAAGGUAAAUUGUCCAGUAUUUUCUUUGUUCAUAAGUAAUUUUGCAUUUGUACCCAUCAUUUUCUUCUAUGCUUGACAUGUGGAAGGAAUGGUGACGGUAGGUGUACCCAUUAUUUUCGCACAACUCUUCCAAGAAAAUUAUUCUGUAGUA